AUGAAAAGAAAGAAGAAGAAUUCUAUAGGACUUUGCAACUGUUCAUUUGAUGAAUUUCAAGAGGGCGUGGAGUUUAUUAAAGAAACAGAUUCUAUAUUAGAUGACGACAUUUUUCUUAUAUUAAAGCGCGUUUGUUCUUUUCUGUUUUAUUGUGUUAAGAAUAACAAAUUUGAUUGUUUAGAAAAUUAUGAUAAGCUAAAAAAAUUUUGUAAUAAAAGAUCUAAAAGAGAAUCUGUGCAAUAUAAGGACAGGAAAGAAGAGAAUAUAGAUGAUGAAAAAUACCCAAGUACUAGUAAAGACAAAGAUGAUAAUAUAAAUGAAACUUAUGUAUAUUCGAGUGUGAAGAAAAUAUCUACAAAUCAUAAUAUUUAUAAUAGAUUCUCAAAAGAUGAAGGGGUUACCACCAUAUUACAAGAUGAAAAUAACAACAUGAAAAAUUUUAUGGAACAUGAAAAAGAAAUCAAAAAAAAAAAAAAAAUUUUUAGUCAUAAAGAUUUAAUUAUAAUUAAAAACAUAAAUAGAUUACUCUUAAAUAAAAUAAUAGAUAAUUAUGUAGGAUAUUCUUGGUUAUGUUUAAUUUUGCUGGAAUAUCUUAAUGUAUUAGAUUCCUACAUAAAAUAUCAAGAAGACAUAACUAAAAUGAAAAAGAAAGAAAAUGAAAAAAACGAUCAUACUCUUCUAAUAAAUGAAGAAGAAGAAAAAAAACAACAAGAAAAGGAUUAUUACGAUAUUUUUUGUAAAAAGGAGUUGACAUAUGUUAUAAAAGAAUUAGAAAAACUCAAAGAAGCCAAGGAACAAAAUUUAAAUAAAUAUAUGUCCAAAAAAAAAAAAAUUAAUAACAAUAAUAAUAAUAAUAAUAAUAAUAAUGUGUCUCUGUAUGUAUAUGAGAAAAAAAAGAAAAAGGAAAAACAAAUAAAUAUACAAAAAAGUAAAUAUACCAACUAUCUAUUUUGUUAUUACGACAAUUUUAUACAUUGUGAUAAACAUGUAGUAGAUAAAAAAGAAAAUGAAAAAAUUAUAUAUUUGAAUGAUUAUGAUAAUGAUAGUUACAAGUGGAUAUUCGACGAAUCUAAAAAUGAUGAUGAAGAAGAUAAAAAGGAAGAUAAUCAUGAAGAUGAACAAGAAGAUAACCAACACGAUGAACAACAUGGUAAAUACAAAACGUUUGAUGAACUUACCGUCAGAGAAAAAAAUUGGUAUCAGGACAGAAAUUAUUAUAAUAACAACAAUUAUUACAAUGAUCAAAUGAAUAAUUAUGAUCAUACAAACGAAAAAAUAUACAUGAAUACACAAGAAUAUCCCCAAGGUGAAUUUAGUGAAUACACUCCUUUAAAUAAGAAUAAAAGAAAACUUUCAAACGUAUCUGAAGAGGGAAAUAAAAAUAUUUAUAAGAAAAAAAAAGUGUCAUGGGGAAAGCGAGAAAAUGUACUUGAUAAUGAUGUAGAUAGGAAUUAUGAUGAAAAUGGAAAUAGAAUAAAAAGAAAGAAUUUAAAAAAAAAGAAAAAAAAAACAAACAAACUUGAAGAAUUAGAAAGUAUGAUGAAAAAGGAAUAUAAAAAAUAUAAGAAGAAUGGAAAAAAAAAAAAAAAAAAAAAAAAAAAACAAAAACAAAAACAAAAACAAAAACAAAAACAAAAACAAAAACAAAAACAAAAACAAAAAACAAAUAAAUAUAAUAAUAACAAUGAACAUUACCAUUAUUUAUAUAAGGCGCUAUGUGAUUUUCUGUCAACUAAAUAUAAAACAAAUAAAUUAUUAAAAUACAUGGAUGAAAAUAGAGAUAUGUAUUCGUGGAAGCCACCUUCAUUUUAUUGGAAAAUCUUAAGAAAUCAAUAUGUAGUAAAAGAAAUAUUGAAACUAUAUGAAGAACGGUAUUUAGACCCCUUUUUAUCAUGUUUAUAUGAAGAUUUUAUGAAUAAAUUUUAUUUUGAUGAUAAUGAAAAAGAAAAUACUAAUAAUAUUACAACAUAUACCAGUAAUUUUAAUAUCUUUACUUUAAGAAUAAGUGAAGAGAUACAAAAAUUUUUAUUAUUAAAAGAACCAGAAGAAGAAGAAGAUAUUUUAAAUAUUUGUAAAAAUAUUUGUGUAAGUGAGAAUUCCUAUAUAUAUGCACAGCUUAUAUUAGAAUAUAUUUAUAGGAAUAAUAAUGAUAAUAGUAUGAGAAGAUUGUCUCAAUAUUUAUGUUUGUAUAUAUUAUAUAAAGAUAUUAAUAUAUAUAAUAUAUGUAAUAACUAUUUUUCAAAUGUUAUAGAAAAUGAAAUAAGUAUAUCCUAUUUAAUAUUUAAAAUUAAUAAUCUGCAUAAUUAUCAUUGUUUAUAUAAUAUUUUUAAAAAUAUCUAUAUGAUAAGAAAUAAAGGAUGUAUGCAUAUUAAUAACACGGAUAUUAUUAAUCUAUAUAAUUCUAUAUUGAGGGUACUAAAGGUAUUCAAUGGUCAAAAGUUGUUACUCUUUGAUUCCACAUAUAUGUUUGAUGAUAUGAAUAGAAACGAAAGAUUAAUGAAUAGGGAUGAGCAUGUGCAAACAAAUAAUAGUAUUUAUUAUAAAAACGGUGGUUAUGAUAAAUUACCAGAAGACAAUAAUUGUGGUGAUAUCCAUGGUGAUAAUCAUUCUAAUGAUAUAUUUUCGUAUAACGAGAGCAGCUUCUUGAAUUAUCCAUCCAAUUUUUCUGAUGAAAACAGAAGUACCUUGGAGGAGUAUACAAGAAGAUGUUCAAUAAAUAAAAUAAAUGAACAUAAUUUACCUAAAGAAAAAAAUAUAUCAACUUAUACUGAUAAAAUGGAUGCCAAAAUAAAUGAUAAACAAAAUAAUGACAAAAUGGAUUUAGCGAAUAGUGAGCAGAAUUAUUUGGAAGGUGAUUUAACAAGUGAUAUGUAUGAAUGUACAGAAGAAAAGGUUAUAGAUAAAUUAAAUAUGGAUAAAUUAAAUAUGGAUAAAUUAAAUAUGGAUAAAUUAAAUAUGGAUAAAUUAAAUAUGGAUAAAUUAAAUAUGGAUAAAUUAAAUAUGGAUAAAUUAAAUAUAGAUAAAUUAAAUAUAGAUAAAUCACAUACAGAUAAAUCAUUCAUAAAUUCUGAAAGUUUUAAUUUCAGUGAAAAUAAAAUAAAAAGUGGUGUGAGCGAAUUUUUAUUACCUUCAGCAUCACAAUAUGGAAGAGAGAAUUAUAAUUAUGAUAAAGAAUUUCUGAGAAUAAAUAUUUAUGCUGAAAAGAUUCCACUUAUACAUAUGAGAGAUAUUAUAUUUAUUAAUAAUUUAAUAAAUAUAUUUGUAAACAAUAAUAAUUUAUUUUCUAAUAAUAUGUAUAAAGUCUAUGGAAAGGUUCUCAUAUUUUUAACUACAUAUUCACCAUAUGAAUAUGUGUACAACCAAUAUUACUCUUCCUUUUUUGAAAAGAAAAAGAAAAAGAAUUCUUUUAAAAAAUAUUGUACGUCAUUUUUUGAUAUUUAUGAUGAUAGGAUGAUGGUUGGUACGAAAGACAAGAAGAAGAAUAAGAAAAAGAAGAAGAAGAAAAAUAAAAAUAAAAAUUAUAACAAUAAUAAUAAUAAUAAUAAAAUUCUUGAGGAUGAUGAAUAUGUUGAUAAUAUAUAUUAUAACAAUACAAAUAAUGACCAUCAGUCAUAUGAAAAAUCAAAUGAAAGUAGUUUUUCUAACGAUACAGAUAAUGAAGAAGAAAAAAAAACAGACAGUAUAUUAAACGUCAAAAAUAAUAAUGAUGAUAAUUAUACAAUAAAAAAAAUGAACCCUGAAAAAAAGAUAGAAAAUAAUUGUCUUGAUGAAUUUAAUAAUGCCUUAAUAACAAAUGGAAAGGAUAAUAUAAUCGGUUUAAAAGAUAAUACAGGAGAUGAAGAAAAGACAAAUUUAAAUAACAUGAGUGACAAGAAUUUAUUAAUACAAAAUCAAAUAAAUGAACAUGAGGAAAAGAACAUGAAAGAGUGGGAUGAUAAUAAGAAAAAGAAUUCAAAAACGAUUUGUUCAAUUAAAAAUAUUAUAGAUCGAAAUAAAAAGGAAGAAUAUCCUAAUAAUAUUGAUGAUCUUUUUGAAAUUAAAACAGAAGCUAAAUCUUGUCAUGAAAUAAAAAGUAGUGUAUUUCUUAAUAUUAAAAGUAAAAAAAAAUUAAAAACUAAUAAAAUAAAUAAAAAAAAAAAAUAUUAUUUUUAUAAAUUAUUCCAUAAAUUUAGAAUGUCAUAUAAUCAUUUUAUUAAAUAUACACAAAAUGAAAUUUUCCAUAUAUAUGAAAUAAUACAUGGAAAUUAUUCAGAUGUACAAAAAGAUAAAAUGUUAAUAAGAAAAAUAAAUAGUAAUUUAGCAGCAUCUAUUAUUUAUAAAUAUAUUUAUAAUAAUAUAUAUGAAUAUAUUAAUAACUCAAAAAUUAAUUUAAUAUAUCCUAAAUUUAUUCUUUUAAAAUAUAUUGUCGAUAAAUAUCCUCAAAAGAGAUAUUUAACCCUACACUUUUUAAAGGAGUUAUAUAUAUUUAUCAUUGAAAAGGAAAAGGCCUUAGAGGAAUAUGUAGAAUUAAGGGGGAAUAUAGUUUUAUUUAUUGUAUAUAUGAUAAGAUAUGAAAAUAUGUUUUGUUAUGUAGUAAAUAUUAUUAAAACAAUGAUAUAUGUUUUGGAUAAAUCACUCAUAAGAUUAUUCAUAAUGAAAACCCUAACAUAUUGUGCCCCACCUUAUGAUUUAAUGUUUUGUCAAUGUCUUUUAAAUUUUAUUUAUUCAGUUUUAAAAAAAGAAGGUAUAUAUUACAAAGACGAAUUUAAAAAAAUAAUAAAUAAAUUCCUGGAUGAAGUUGCUAAUAUGCAUCACAUGUAUCAGAGUUCCAAAACUAAAGAGCUGUUCAUUUUAAGUAAUUAUAUUAGGGACCAUAUGAUCCAAUCAGAAAUGGAAACACAACCAUGUUAA